AUGGAAGGGCAAUCAGCUGCUUCAGAUUCCACAAUAGUACGAGAAGAUUUCACAUUCUUACCAUUGCUGCAUCAAGUGCUCAGCGCCUAUGGAGAUCGUGCAACACACCCAGAACAAAUCAAACAGCUGGCUCUGGCUCUGAAAACACGCUUUGCACGGGCUAACGAGGUGGCAUCAACUGCAACGAAUCUGGACAUGUCGAGAGCAACGCAGCAACAGUCAUAUCAAGCUUCUCUGAGGAUAUUAGAAGAGAAAAGGAAGCAACUUCAGAAAUACGUCGACCUUGUCGCUGAAAUUUAG